AUGAUUUUCCUAAUGGACCUCCAGAUGAUGCUGCUGGAUGUGAUUUACUUCAUCCUGCGCAACUCUGUUCGGGUAGUCAUGCGCCCGCGGACCAAGCCCAUUGAUGGCGAGCUGGUGCUGAUCACCGGAUCGGGUGGUGGCCUGGGUCGUCUCUUUGCUCAGGAAUUCACCAAGCAUGGGGCCGAGGUGGUGCUGUGGGACAUAAACACCAGUCUCAACGAGCACACAGCCAAGCUGGUGAGUGAGAUGGGGGGUAAGGCGCAUGCCUACACGGUGGAUGUGACCGACAGGGACGAUGUGUAUCGCAACGCAGAGCUGGUGCGAAAGGACCUGGGCCGUGACGUCACAAUGCUGGUGAACAACGCUGGAGUGGUGGCUGGGGAGCGCUUGUUAGACUGUCCUGAUGAACUGAUAGAGAGGACCAUGAAAGUCAACUGCCAUGCGCUUUUCUGGACAGUGAAGGCCUUUCUCCCUCAGAUGAAGGCCCAGAAUCAUGGCCACAUCGUCACCAUUGCCAGCGUCCUCGGUCUCUUCAGCACAGCUUGUGUUGAGGAUUACUGUGCCAGUAAGUUUGCUGCAGUGGGCUUCCAUGAGUCUCUGGCACAUGAGCUGCUGGCUGACGAGGUUGAAGGAGUGAAGACUACCCUUGUGUGCCCUUACAUCGUAGACACAGGCAUGUUUGAAGGCUGCAAGAUUCGGGAGGAAGUGGAACUGCUUCUUCCUCCUCUGGAGCCCCAGUACUGUGUGGAGCAGGCCAUGAACGCCAUCCUGAUAAACCAACCACUAGUGUGCAUCCCCCGCCUCACAUACCUGCCGGUUCUCUCCAGAGCGUUGUUGCCAUGGGAAUCUAAUGUGAUUACGUAUCGUUUCAUGGGGUCCGACAAGUGCAUGCUCCCUUUCAUCGACGCCAAGAGAAAACAAACAUCUAAUGGGUGUGUUAAGGUUGCAUAG